AUGAUAGGGAUUGUUGCAACACAGUCGUCGUUUGAUACAGCGGGCCGCGGGACAUGUCCCUGGCAGUCCUUCCUCUGCCAUGAGGUGAUGACCGUCCUUCCCUUGCACAUUCGGCUCCGACCGCAGCGCCUUGCGGCUGCAGUCUUUGGUAGGCUUGGCCAAACGCGCCAUGUUCAGGCUGCAGCCACCCGUGACCCUCGCGACGCAGUGGUGAAGAUCUUCAACACCCGGCAGCGGCCGGGUUGGACAGUACCCUGGCAGGACCAGCCAGUUGAAAGCACUUCUGGUUCUGGUGCAGUGAUUGCCACACGUCUUGGUCUUGGAAGCGAGGUGGGACGAGCUGUGCUCACAGCCGCCCAUGUCAUCGCAGAUAGCAGAUACCUGCAGGUGCAGCGCACCAACGACCGCUUCGGUGGCGAGAAGUUUCGUGCUCAUGUAGUGGCUGUGUGCCAUGAGAUCGACCUGGCCUUGUUGCGGCUAGAGGAGGAAGAAGUACUGGAGGAGAUGGAGCCUUUGGUGGUGGGAUCGGCCACUGAGCUGCCCCGAGUCUUCGACAAAGUUCGAGUGGUCGGUUAUCCCAUUGGUGGAGAUGCUUGCAGCGUCACCGAGGGCGUGGUGAGCCGCGUGGAGGUGCAGGAGUACUCGCACUCCCUCCGCUUCGGGCUGGCGCUCACCGUGGACGCAGCCAUCAACAGUGGCAACAGCGGUGGGCCACUGGUGGAUGCCUUGAGUGGCCAUGUGGUCGGUGUGGCGUUCCAGAAGAUGGUGGCUCGUGGUGUUGAGCUUCAGGGCCAUGCCGUGCCAGCGCCCGUGAUCCAACGCUUCCUUGAGGAUGUGGCCAGUUCUGCCGCUGGCGAAGGCAGCCCAGUGAGGCUCAAGAUGCCAUCGUUGGGCUGUGACUACCAGUCCCUUGAGCCCCCAGCCUUGCGGCAGUCGUUGGGGUUGGACGAGUUGAAGGGGAUCCUCAUCUCUCGCUUGCAUCACGCCGACCCAGGUCGUCACGCCACGGGCCUCGCUGCCGGCGACGUGCUGUUGACCUUCAAUGGUCAUAAGCUUGAUGAGUUGGGCUUCGCCGACCUUUUUGGGCGGAGGCUCCAUUUUGGCGCGGCCCGCGACCUGUGUCGCGUGGGCUCGGCCGUGGAGAUGGAGGUGUGGCGUGGAGGCGCCCGUCACAUGGUGCAGCAGGUGCUCCGACCCGCACAGCACCUGGUGCCAAGGGGCCAAUACGAUGUCCGGCCUCGCUUCUUCAUUGUGGGCGGACUAGUUUUCCAAGCGCUCAGCAACGAAUACCUGCAGGGCUGGGCCGCCCACGAGCGCCCGGCCCAUUUGCAGGAGCUGUUCAUUGGUGGCCACGCCACCCCCGAGCGGAAUGAGGCCGUGAUUUUGGCGCAGAUUCUGGCGGACCUGGUCAAUGCAGGAUAUGACAGCGGCUGGGUGGGAGCUCCCGUGGUCUCGGAGGUGAACGGCACGGCGGUCCGGAACUUGUCGCACUUUGUCCAGUUGGUCGAAGCAGGCCGCCAGAACCACGCGCUUCCGACAGGCCGCCUGGAGAUCCGUGUGCUCUUGGGUGGUGGGCCCUUCCGGAUCGUGCUGCCUCUCAAGGGCUUGGAUGAGGCGGACGAGCGGAUCCAGCGAAUCUAUGGCUUGCCCCGCUUGGGUUCUGAAACCUACGAGCGCAGCUGA